CAGAUAGUCUUGUUUAUCUUUUUCACCUGCUGAUAGCUUCGGUGCAGGUAACUAUUCGAAAACAAGACUUAAGUCUGUCAGCAGAAUUCCAUAGGUAAUACAGUAGUAAUCCUUCACACGCUUAAGAUGACGUCAAACCAGACGUUAGGUGCCGCUUUGGUCGGCGUUGGAAGAAUGGGCCAGGUCCAUCUGAAAAGCAUGAUAGACAGUGGUCGGCUCAGCAUCCGGUGGCUGGUGGAUAUGCCAGCACAGCAUGGACUGAUGGCGGAACUGAUAAAAAGGCACAGGCUGACAGGCGAAACUGAGAUAUCAGAUAUCGAGAGCAGCCAAAAGGUGCUAUUGGAUCCCAGGGUUGAUGUCGUCAUAAUAUGUACGCCUACUCCUUCCCACUAUGACAUCAUCAAAAAGGCGCUAACUGCAGGCAAACAUGUGAUGUGCGAGAAACCGCUGACUUUAACAGUCUCUGAAACAAAGGAUUGUUAUGAAUUGGCAAAGAAACUGAAGAAAAUACUUUUUUGUGCUUAUAACCGGCGGUUUGACAAACAGUUCAAUACCCUGUAUCAAAGAUACAAGAGAGGCGACAUCGGGGAUCUUCGAAUGGUCAAAUUCACCAGCAGAGAGGACGGACCGGGCAAGGAAUACCUCCAAAACAACAGAAGUGGAAUUUUCCUAGAUAUGGCAAUUCACGACAUCGACUAUGUCUGCUGGUUAGUGGGAGAAAGACCCUCCUCUGUUUGUGCAUUUGGCUCCAUAUCCUCUGACAAUUCCGCGCUCUACAGAAGUGCUGAUGAUUUCGAUUGUGUGACCGCCAUUUUGAAUUUUCCAAGUGGUGUAAUGGCAAAUAUGGAAGAUACCAGAGCCGCAAGGAUUGGCUAUGAACAGAAGGUUGAGGUUCUUGGUACCAAAGGUCUGAUUCAGACACGGAAUAUGAAGGCCAGUGAGCUGUAUUCAAUUACCCAGAAUUCCUGUCAGUCGGAAGCUCUGCUGAGAUCAUCUGAAGAACGUUAUGUUGACAGUUUUCCGACAGAGCUAAAUCAUUUUAUAAAUUCCAUAGAAGGUAAAGAAGAAAAUCUUGUGUCUGCAGAGAGCUGUAUAAUAGCUAUGGAGGUCUCAGAGGCCUUAAGUCAGUCUCUGAGAACUGGAAGCAUCGUUAGGUUGUGAAAAGCCAGGAUUUAAAAGAAGAACAUUUUCUUGAAGCCUUAAGAUUUUUAGUUGCGUUAAAUUUACAUCCCUUAAUUUUUUCCAUCUUUUUUUAGGAUAAUCGAUUGUAAGCAUUCUAAACUGCAUUUAGAUGCAUUGUUUGGCUUAAUUCAUUUGUAGAAGCUAUAAUAAAUAUUUUUUACAUUGUU